AUGGCAGGCCUCGACCAAGAAACAGUCACAAUCGUCAAUUGUUAUAAGGCGACAGCAGCGGCUGCUGGUGUCUGCGCAGGGAUUACGCUCUUCUAUAUUAUAAGAUUCCAAGACGCUGGCCUGUCUUUCUAUAAACUCUUAAUUAAUGGAAUGGCUCUAACCUCGCACUUAAUAUCUAUAAAGAUUUUGACUGAUUUCGAAAAUAGUAUUUUCAAUUACGACGAUAUUAAUACUAAGAUUCUCUAUUAUGCUGAACCAAUAACUUACCAAUUGCUGAUAAUGAUGAUAUUGACAUUGAUGUUAUAUACACUAAAACGAACACGAUUUAGUGGUAUCGAUGUUAUUUUUGGCACAGUUUUGCUGAUAAUGCUUUGGUUAUCUGGGGCCGCUUACUUGACAAUGGGAUUUAGCUCGCUACUGGAUGAUAAAACUAUUUAUAACGCAAGUUUGAUGGUGGUUUUUGCAAUUAGAGUGGCAAUAGUUAUAUUUGUUGGGAUUCGGUUGGUAUAUCAUUUCGGGGAGACUACACCAAAACCGUCGUUAUUAUUUGCGUUGAAUCUAAUUAGACUUUUGUUCAUAUUCGUGUAUGUGAUAUUACACGGAACGGGGUCACUUGAUUAUAAUGAAUACCCGAUUAUACUCGAGACCGUAAUUCUUAUCAUAAUUUUGUUUUUAACGUCUGUCAAGAUUGAAUAUCCUCAAAAUUCAGGCGUUAUCAAUGUAGAAGUCAUGACUGUCAAUACAAUAGUCAUAGGACGUGUCCCCGCAGGGGUUCAAAAUAUUGUUUGA